AUGCCCACAUGCUCACAGGUCUACGCGAUUUUUGUCACCUCGGCGCAAUGUAAAAAGGCUUCCGACGUUGUCACCUAUCAAGAAGUUAUCAAGUCAAUCAACAUGUCGUCUUGCUCACUUCCAUCAAUCUACACCACCCCGGUCAAGAAGUACUCUAUUCCUGACGCUGAAGCUUCGUACUUCUACAUUCCACCAUGCCAGAAGUCGUUCACUUCGAAAAAGCCAAUGAUGAUUGAUGCUCGAAAUUUGACGGAAAUCGAUUCAAAAAUUGAUAUCGAAUGGGUUCCACACACCACGAAGAGCGCUCUGAUGUAUCUCGCUGUCGCUGUUUCCUUCAUUACCUACUACGCAGCCUGUUUUCUUAAACAAUAUGGAAACUAUAGAUUAAGAUCAGAGGACGGAUGGCUAGAACAAGCUUGCUUGAUUCGUGUUACAAUGAUUCAGUGGCUCGUUGUUAUGACUCUUCUCAUCGCUGGUCUCGUCGCCUACCGUCGUGUGCUGAUGCCGAUCUACAUCUUUCUCGCUGUAAUUGCCACCAAUGGAACGCUGGUAAUCUUCAUCGUUCGCUUCAAAUCCUACAUGGACGGUCGAAUUCCAAUUCAUGACAUUACCUUGAAUCUUCUUGGAGUUCUACUUUUCGUUGCCAUUGUUCAUGACAUCGUCUACCUGUAUGCAAUGCAUCUUCAUCUUGUCAAGAAGCAGUUCAAUUUCAAUCGUUCACAACGUCUUCGCAAAUCCAACCAAUAUUCGACAAUCAGUACUGGAUACAAUUUCAAAAUUCACGAACCCUCUUAUUUUGUUUAA